GAUUCGUUCUUCCGGGAAGAUGGCGUCUCUCGCGCGUUCUCCGGAGUUGCUGUCGGCUGCGGACUCGACGCUGCCGGCGGGAGCUGCAGAGGAAGCCGAGUGCCCGCAGCUUCGCCAGCCUCAGCCCCCGCAGAAUGUCCUCGCUGCCUCGCGGCUUCGAGCCCCAAGGUCUCGAAGACUUGGGGCAGCGGAGUUUGGCGGAGCUGCGAGAGAUGUUGACGCGCCAGGAGAGACUUUUGCGCAACGAAAAAUUCAUUUGCAAAUUGCCCGACAAAGGUAAAAAGAUCUUAGACUGUCUUGCCAAACUGAAAGCAGCCAUUGCAGAACAUGAAGAGUUUAGAGGAAAAAGUGAACUGUUUCAUCCUGUUAGAUUAGAUUGUAAGCUAAGGCAAAAAGUGAUUGCAGGAGUUGAUGUGGACACAGAUAACGCCCAAAAUUCUGAUCAGAUACUUGAUACUUCAUUACUAGUUCCUGGCUGUUCCUCUGUAGAUAACAUCGAAUCAUCUAAAACGACCUCACAGAAACAGGGAAUUGCACAGCUCACUUACAAAAGCAAUGAAGAGAUUUCAGAGGCAAAGUGCACAGUGAACAAGUGCCCAGGUUCCAACAGCAGAGCCGGUGCAGCUUUCUCAUCCAAAGCUAGCAAGCGUCUUCCUCAGCAUCGUGUUUCAGGUCAAGCAGAAGAUAUAUCCAGCAGUUCUGACAGCCUGUUUAUUGAUAGGUUACAGAAGAUCACCAUUGCAGACCAAGGUGAACACCACUCAGAAGAAAACGCAUGUACUGCUAACUUGACAGGCCUCCAUAGUGAGACUCGGAAGAAGCCCCAUUACGUGGAAGUGCUAGAAAUGCGAGCCAAAAAUCCAGUGCCCCCACCACAUAAAUUUAAAACAAAUGUAUUACCUUUGCAACAAAAUGAUUUACCUAGUCACUGUCAGAGAAGAGGGUCUCCUAUUUCGUCAGAAGAAAGGCGGCAAAGGGAUAAGAAACAUCUUGAUGACAUCACGGCAGCUCGGCUUCUGCCACUUCACCAUAUGCCUACACAGCUGCUCUCCAUAGAAGAAUCCUUGGCACUUCAGAAGCAGCAGAAACAGAAUUAUGAGGAGAUGCAAGCCAAACUUGCAGCACAAAAAUUAGCUGAAAGACUGAAUAUUAAAAUGCAGAGCUAUAAUCCAGAAGGUGAGACUUCAGGGAAAUACCGAGAAGUAAGGGAUGAAGGUGAUGAUCAGUCCUCCACUGAUGAUGAAUUCUGAAGAUGAGCACUGGAAUAUUCUCUUCAUUCUCUCACUGUUGAGUGUCAUCUUACAUCAGACUGUCUAAUAUCAAGUUCGGUGUCAGACAUUAAGAAAAGAAAAUUGUUGAAGGAAAGAAAAUUGUAUGAAGUUACACUAAGGUAGCUAUGAAAAAAGUGCAGUUCAUCUUUCAGAAGAUGAUUUUCAUAUGUUUGAAAAGUUUCAUUGCGUUUGACCACAUUGUAUUAAAUUUUGCAGUAUGGUGUGCAUUGGUCUGAUACUUUAGUAUAUAGCAGAGCAUGUUUUUUUUUUUUCUGUAAGCCAAAUGAAAGCAGAUUAAUUUAGCUCUUUUCCUCAUUCUCACCUCUAUUCAAGUAGCAUUUAUUACUUCUCUUUCAGUAAAAUUCUUAUAUGUCCCAGGCAUCACUUAAAAUUAAUAAGGCAGACAUAAUUCCCCCUUUUCUUGAGUAAAUAAGGGAGUUCUAGAGAAUUUGAUGCAUGAUUGCAAGGAGUUGUUGAGAUAUUGGAUGUGAAGUACCUAGGAAGGAGCUCAUAGGAAAUGCCUAACAAAUUUUUGUUUCCUUCUGCUGUUUUCCCUUAGGAAGAAUGUUAUCUUUCUUCUGAUUAGGAAUGACUACGUUUAGUAGAUGUUAGAAGGUGGGGGGUCUUUCUGGGUGACCACAUUCACCUGAAAUAACAUGAGGUUUAGGCAGAGGCUAAGUGGACUGAUGUAGGUGAAGGGCAUAGCUGUGCUUGUGCUUUACCUAUGCUAACAGAUGAUAGGUUCAUUUAUAGGACAUUAAAGUUUGGUAAGGGAGUUAAUGUUUUUUUUUUUUUUUAUGAUACAAUUGAAUUGUUUUGCCAAUAUGUCAUUUUGUUUUUCCCCAAAAGAGGCAUAUAAAGGCCAUGGAAACCUCAGUCUCACAUAUACCCACUUCCAUGUCAUCUUAAAGGAUUAUUUGGUUGUCUCCAGAGAAAUUAUAUACUUAUGUUAUCAAGGUUAUUUUUGUCUAAGAUAGUGAAAGGAAGAAUAAAAUAUUAAUUAGAGCAACUUCAAAAUGCUAAUGAUGAUGUUUUACUGGUGCUUACUUAAAUUUAACUUCUUACUUUUUGACUGAAUGUACACAUUUAGGUGAGAUGUACCUGUGAUAGGAAGGGCUCAGUUCCUUGCCAUCCAUGUCUAGUCAUAGCUACUGCUUUUCAUGUCCCCCAACUCCCUCCCCUGGCCCUCAAGAUCAAAGCAAAUGUAAAAGUACACUGAGCUAAAAAUCUCAUUUAUUUUUAGUUUUAAAAAUUAGUAGUAAAUGAUUUUAUAACAAAAGUAUUUGAUGUUCUCUCUAACAUGUUCUUUCUAGAAUAAAAAACUUCUUGUUAUUUAUGGAAAGCUGGAUAAUGUGGAAGGGCUCAUGGGCAUGUACGCAGUCACCUGUAAUGCUGUCACUCAGAGAGAGUCUUAACAUUUUCAUUUAUGUACUUUGUAUUUUUCUAGGAAUAGCUAAACAUUUAUAUUUUCAAAAGUGGAAUCGUACUAUAUAUUAUUUCAUAGUCUACUCUAUAUAUUGUGAACAUUUUCCCAUAUUAUUAAAUAUUUUGCAUUUUAGAUUGCUGCAGAAUAUUCCAUUUAAUAGAAGUACCGUAAUUUAAAAAAAUCAAUUUCGCAUUUAACAAUUUGAUUGUUUAUAAUAGUGUAACAAUAAACAGUGAUGUGAUCACCAUCUUAAAAGACAGUCACAUCUGUACAAAAAUGACUAUUUCCAGAUGAUACAUUUUCAGAAGUGGAAUUGCUUGGUGAAAGGAUAUGUAAGUUUUUGAGAAUUUUGAUUUAUAUUAUUGACCACAAAGAUUAUGUCCGUUUACAUUCCCAUUAGUAGUAUAUAAAACUUGUAGAAUUGAAAAUUGCUGUUAAGAAACUGCAAAUUUAAUAAUCACAGAAAAAGAUUACGUUUACAUUUCCUAUUUCUUUGUUUACUUUGUGGUGUUUUUUCAUGUUUAUUGGCCAUUUAUGGUCAUUCUUUUGAGAAUUGUUUUCAUUUCUUCCCUAUUAUUCUUUUGGAGAGUUUGCCUUUUUAAUUGUUUUGUAAGUUCUUUGUGAAUUAAGAAUGUUUAUCCUUUUGUCAUAGAUCAUAAUUUUUUUUUAGUGUGUUACUUGCCUUUUAAUACAGUUUAUGGAGCGUCAGUGUAGCAUUUCUUUUCUUUGCAUGUAUCUAUGAACAUGCUUUCCCCUUCCCUGAUAAUGAAUCAGUAUCUUUAUUUUCUUCUAGUACUUUUAUUUUUUUCACUUAUCUUUAAUUCAAAAGGAACUUUUAAUCCACCUAGAAGUUAUUUUGGGAUAUGUUAUGAAGUAGAAAUUUAAUUUGAAUUUUUACAAAUAGUUGAUCGGUUGGUUCAUUGUCAUAUUAAAUAAGCCACUGUUUCCCCAGUGAUUUAUAAUGCCAUCUUUAUCAAAUAUUAAAUUUCUAUGUGUCUUUGUCCUAUUUUGGGCCUUCUAAUUUUUUUAUCUCUUUUAAUAAUCAUCGCUUUCAUUGGUUUAAGAUUUGGUAGUAUAAAUCCUCCCUCUGGUUUGUAGUUUUGAAUUUUAUUGUGAAAUAUAGCCUACAGAAAAGUACAUUAAACAUAUAUAUAGUUUAUUAGAUAAAGAGCUGUGUAACCACAAACCAGAUGCAGAAAAAAUAUUGCCAGUAACCCCAAAUAUCCCUGUGUGUUUCCUGUUGAUAUCCCUUUCUCCCUAAUAGGUAACUACUAUCCUGACUCUAUGAUAAUACUCACCUCCCCACCCCCUUUUUAAAAAUGUUUUUACCAUUUUUAAGAUGUUUAUAUAUGCAUUAAUCUGGUUGGUUUUAGUUUUGCCCAUUUUCACCUUACGGAAAAGUGGAAUUACACUGUAUGUUUUAUUGUGUUUGGUGUCUGUUGCCCAACAUUGCUUAUAAAAUUCAUGUCAUGUGUA